UAUGGUGUAAACCUGAAACACCAAGAGUAUUUUGCUGACAGUCCCUCGACUGGAAUGGAUCCUUCGUCAAGAGAAGAAUAGUUAAUGAUGGAUGAUGUCUCUGACUUCCUCAGGACCCAUUGGAGAGGCUGAAGGCCGUUUACUUGGGCAGUUAGAGGCCAUGUUGGGGUCAUUGAUGUAUUAUUAUUUUUGAUUGAUCACUACUAUCAUUGGUUCUCCAUUGUUGGUUUCUCUGAUCAUAUGUGACGAGCUUCAGCUAGCAUAUGUUGUAGAGUCACUACUGUCAAAGCCAGACAUUUGUGGUAGAAGUUACAGGCCAACUCUAUUUGCUUUGUCCUAUUUUUCGGCUUUCUGAAAACAUGCUGUAUGUUUCACCUAUUUAUUCCAUGGUUCUGUUUUUGCAAUA